UCUCCUUCCCUCCUGCCUCCUGUGUCUGUCUCCGGGAUUUCUCUCUUCCUAUUUCAGAAGCACUCUCACAGGCUCCCUCAGUCUGUGUGAGGCUGAGGUUUCCCCUGGAUCCCGUACAUCCCCAACACAUACCUCCACUCGCAUCCAUCCCGGAGACCCGCGCGCGCGCGCACACACACACACACACACACACACGCCUGCCUGUGCGCCUCCCUCCCGGAGGGCCGGCGCGCGUUCCCACCUUCACUGCACACUCCGCCAGCCCUGCUCCCAGAGCUCCCGGAUUCUCGGAACUCGGAUCGCAGCUCCGAACCCCAGUGGUGGAUUUUUAUAAACGUUUCUCCCUCCCCCUCCCCCCCUUUUUUAUUGCACCCAUUCUGGUCUGGGGGGCUACCGGAACAAGGCGGCUGCUCCCCCAGCCAGCCCUGGUUGGCUUGCCAUCCUCCAUCAGGCUUAUAAAAGUUUGCUGAGCGCAGUCCAGAGGGCUGCGCUGCUCGUCCCCUCGGCCGGCGGAAGGGGGUGACGCUGGGCAGCGGCAAGGAGCGCGCUGCUGGCUCUGGCGGGCUUUCGGCUGGAGGGGCGAGGUGAAGAGCGCACGGGCCGUGGGCUUUGCGGAGCUGGAUUUGCAUGUUGCACCAUGCCGUCUUGCAUCGGAGCUGUGAUCCUUCCCCUGUCGGGGCUGCUGCUGUCCCUCCCAGCCGGGGCGGAUGUGAAGGCUCGGAGCUGCAGCGAGGUCCGCCAGGCGUACGGUGCCAAGGGAUUCAGUCUGGCGGACACCCCCUACCAGGAGAUCGCAGGGGAGCACUUAAGAAUCUGCCCUCAGGAAUACACGUGCUGCACUACAGAAAUGGAAGACAAGUUAAGUCAACAAAGCAAACUGGAGUUUGAAAACCUCGUGGAAGAGACUAGUCAUUUCGUGCGCACAACAUUUGUGUCCAGGCAUAAGAAAUUUGAUGAAUUUUUCCGAGAGCUCCUGGAGAAUGCAGAAAAGUCACUCAAUGAUAUGUUUGUAAGGACCUACGGCAUGCUGUACAUGCAGAAUUCAGAAGUGUUCCAGGACCUGUUCACGGAGCUCAAAAGAUACUACACCGGGGGCAACGUGAACCUGGAGGAGAUGCUCAAUGACUUCUGGGCCCGGCUCCUGGAACGGAUGUUUCAGCUGAUAAACCCUCAGUAUCACUUCAGCGAGGACUACCUGGAAUGUGUGAGCAAGUACACAGACCAGCUGAAGCCGUUCGGAGAUGUGCCCCGGAAGCUGAAGAUUCAGGUUACCCGUGCCUUCAUUGCGGCCCGAACCUUUGUCCAGGGGCUGACGGUGGGCAGAGAAGUUGCAAACCGAGUCUCCAAGGUGAGCCCUACCCCUGGGUGCAUCCGCGCCCUCAUGAAGAUGCUGUAUUGCCCCUACUGCCGAGGCCUGCCUUCCGUGAGACCCUGCAACAACUACUGUCUCAACGUCAUGAAGGGCUGCUUGGCCAACCAGGCUGAUCUCGACACAGAGUGGAACCUGUUUAUAGAUGCAAUGCUUUUGGUGGCAGAGCGACUGGAAGGGCCAUUCAACAUCGAGUCGGUCAUGGACCCCAUAGAUGUCAAGAUUUCUGAAGCUAUUAUGAACAUGCAAGAAAACAGCAUUCAGGUGUCUGCAAAGGUCUUUCAGGGAUGUGGCCAGCCCAAACCUGCUCCAGCUCUCAGAUCUGCACGCUCAGCUCCUGAAAAUUUCAAUACACGUUUCAGGCCCUAUAAUCCGGAGGAAAGACCAACAACUGCUGCAGGCACAAGCUUGGACCGGUUGAGGACUGUGUGGAGGACAAUGCAGCACAGUGUCACAGACAUAAAAGAGAAACUGAAGCUCUCUAAAAAGGUCUGGUCGGCGUUGCCCUACACCAUCUGCAAAGACGACAGCGUGACCGCGGGCACUUCCAAUGAAGAGGAAUGCUGGAAUGGGCACAGCAAAGCCAGAUACCUGCCUGAGAUUAUGAAUGAUGGGCUAACAAACCAGAUCAACAAUCCUGAGGUGGACGUGGACAUCACCAGGCCUGACACUUUCAUCAGACAGCAGAUCAUGGCUCUCCGGGUGAUGACCAACAAACUGAAGAAUGCAUACAAUGGCAAUGAUGUCAACUUCCAGGACACAAGUGAUGAAUCCAGCGGCUCAGGGAGCGGCAGCGGGUGCAUGGAUGAUGUGUGUCCCACAGAAUUCGAGUUUGUCACCACAGAGGCCCCUGCAGCCGAUCCCGACCGGAGAGAAGAGGACUCAGCUGCAGCCCAGCUUGGCCACUCCCUGCUCUCCUGGUCUCUGGUCUGCCUGGCCCUGGCACUGCAGAGACUGUGCAGAUAAUCCUGGGUUUUUGGUCAGAUGAAACUGCAUUUUAGCUAUUUGAAUGGCCAACUCACUUCUUUUCUUACACUCUUGGACAAUGGACCACGCCACAAAAACUUACCGUUUUCUAUGAGAGGAGAGCAGUGCUGUGAUCUGCCUCCCUUUUUGUUUUCCCAAAGAACACCGGGUGCCAGACUGAGCUGCCUCCUCCUUCCUUCAGCUAUCUGUGGGGACUCUGUUUAUCCUAGAGAGAAUUCUUACUCAAAUCUUUCGUACCAGGAGGUUUUCUUACCUUCAUUUGCUUUUAUGCUGCAGAGGUAAAGGAAUCUCACGUUGUGAGUGGGUUUUUUUUUUUUUUUUCCCAUUUAAAAAAAAAAAAAGGUAGGAAGAAACUAAUUUUCCUUGCAAAAUCAGGCCAAACCCCAAGACAACUGCAUUUUCAACAAAGAAGCUAACAACAAAGAAACAUAAAGGAACUUCAAAGCUAUAGGUUUGGCUUUGACAGCCAACUCCCAGUGUAAGCUUUUCUGUAACAAAUCAGGUUUACAAAAUGCUUAUGGGGAGAAAGCUGGAAACUUUUUUUUAAAGUGGUGAAAAUACAUUGUUGGUCUUGGAGGUGUCAUCUUGCACUCUAACCACGUAAUACCAAAUUGAUUUGGAGGUACUGAUAUUAAAUUUAGAAUUACAUCUUUGAGAGCAAAAAUUACUGACUCAGCACCUCUCUCGCACCCUGCCCUAUUUGAAUUUCAGAAAUGGCACCAUUUUUCUUAAUUCUCUUAAUGUCUGUCCAUUGUAUCCAAUUGGCACAGAUUUUUCCCUUCACCUUCAGUUGCUAGUGGACAUCCCCAUCAAUUCAACCUCCUCAAAGAUCUCAACUGAAAAAAAACUUCAAUGUACAAUCCCUGCUUUUGCCACAGGUUUGACAUUAAUUAGAUUUUCCACCCCUGUGUUCAUCACUCUAUCAGAAUAAGGGAUCUGUUAAUGAAUUGAUAAACAAUUAGAUCCAUAGGUGAGUUUUCAUUUUUAAUUAUUUGCUUUGUGUCAAUUGGUUUCUGCAUCACAAGGGCAUUCUCUUACAAAAAAAAACUCACAACAAAAAAAAAAGUCAAAACAAAAAUAUAUAUAUAUAUAUCUAGUACUGACAUGGAGAUUUCUUUCACUUUUUUAGUCUUAGUAUGAUCAUCUAUUUUUAUAUCUAUAUAUAUAUAUAAAAAUCACAGAUUUUAACUUCUUAAUUCCAAGCUCAGGGUUGACACACCUUUGUAAUGAAAAUGUUUUGUCAACCAGCUCUUCUUGUUUUGUGCUGCUCGGAGAAGGGAACCCUCCAAUGAUCUGUGAGCACCAAGAAUCAAGAGAGAGAACUUUUUACGUAUCUAACUGUCCAUUUAUUAAAAGUUUGCCAGGGCACACCCUUUCCACAUGAGCGUGCUUUGUCCUGGGUGCUCCAGACUGUUCUGAGCUCAUGGGACAGCCAUGGGCAGGCAGUGCUUCACUGCUGAUGGAAACGACGUGUACAGAAUGUCACUCACGAGAGACCAUCACUUACAUGCGCAACACCUUUGGCCUAGACUGAUGCUUGGCACUUGGAUGAAUGACCUAAACUCAUGAGGCCAAUGUAGAGCCACAGCCUGAUCCCUCCACCCCGAAGCCCACCACCACCCCACCCCCAAGUACGCCAAAGCUAGGCCUUAUGCUUCUCCUAGCAGAGAGAAAGCAAAAUAAACCAAACUGGGGCUUUAUGAAUACAGCUGACUGUCCACAUGUUUCUUGGUUUUUAUGAUGCAUCUGGAGUAGGGAAAAGUAUUGUCUCAAGUCACCACAGUAUGCCAGUCACGGUUUAAUUAACUCACUGACAGUAUUGACACGUAAAUGGUAUUUUUCGAUCUCUGUUCUCAUCAAAAUUAAAAUUAGCUAUUGAUUUAGUCAUCACAUUUAAGUAGAACACAUGUGGCACAGUAGUAUUAAGUAUAUUUGAGCACUUUUGCAAAACAAAGUAUUUACAAGCAUCUAUUGCUACUUUACGCCUAACAAAAUAUAAAAUGUAGGAUUCUGAGAGACUUUCCGGCAUCCUUUCAUUUAAACUUUUAUAGAAUUAACAUUUAAUAUAAUUCAGCAUUUGUACCUUCAGGAAACCAUCUAUUUCACUGACAAAUUUCAGCUUCCUGUCACCAGUUACACAUAAAACGUCUAUGAAGGCCCAAUCAUUUAUGAUGCUCAGUCCAUUGUAUGUUCAGAAAUCAGUAUUGUCUUUCUCCAACAAUUAAGGUGCAAUACAAAUUAAAUCAACCUUGAUUUUCCAGAAUAUUUGAGUAAUAAGUUGUUUUUAUGGCUUUAAACUUCAAAUCUUUCUCUGAAAAGAUUUCUUCAGGAUCUUCUAUGACAUGGAUCAGGAUGCCUUGUUUUCCCUAAAGUUUUGUGCAUGUGUGUGAAUACACAUUAUCCUAACGAAUGUGCACCCCUGUUCAGUACACACUAAACACACAUAUAAUAUAAAAACGCCUGCUUCAUUUCUUUCAACACGUUCAUUAUCAAUAUUAUUCCUAUUGGUGAGAUAUGGUGAUGCAUCUGAGCCAGGCAGAGAGCUGAAAUGCCUAUCAGUAAAUGGUGCCACAUUAGUCACCCUGCAUGGAUGUGGUCAAACGUUAUUCAAGUUGUACUUCCUGGUGUUUAUCAUUAUCCUACUUUGUCAGAUGAUUUUCAGACUAAUUUAACAGGAGAAUUGUUUUUUCCGUCCCUAAGGAAUUUAGUUUACUCUCACUACUAGCCCUUUGCAGUGAGUAUUUUGGAUUCAUCCCUCCCCUUACCCAAACUGAUUUUUCUCAUUUCCGCACAGUGACGGGGAAGCAGUGAUGGUCCGUUAUUUCUAUGCCUGCUCUCAUUUGCUCUAACGUCCCCUAAAUUCUGUUAUCCCAUCCUAACUUCUGUUAUGAGUAGAGAGGAAUGGGCUCACUGGAAUCUGACACUAGAAAUUGGUGGGUGACGUUCAGAACUGCAAACACUUAGCUUAAUGAAGUGCCUCUAUUUACAUGUUCUUUAGUUACAAUAUGUAUUUUUCUAACAGAAAUACACGUCUGUAAUUGGUGUAUGUGAUGCUUUAUAUAUGUUACAACAAAAGCUAAGCAGAGGCUAAAGUCUUCAGCAGAGAAGAAUGAAUUGCACAUUCACAAAAUAAGAGCUGUGUUUAUGGUUCUGUGUGGAAGAACCACCGUGACAACCUUAUCGUAAGGAAGGCCAUGUUGGCUUGGUGUCCUGAUUGUAGCCAUCACUGAACAUGAGCUCUAGAAAUCCGACUCCCUUACAGUGAUUUACCCAGAUAGCCAACUGUCUCUCCUGCUUUCGAUGUAAGGGAUAGAAAACAGUGUUUUGUUCAUGCUACUAUGCAUCAACAAGCAGUAGUUAUACAGGCAACAUUCUUUAAAUCAAACACAUUAAAAUUAUUACUGAAUGCAGAACCCUGAGAGUGCAUUUAUAUUCCCUGCUGCAGACAUUAGCCUACUUCAUUUCUUUUGCCAUUACAUACAUGUUUUGGCUACAGACUGAACACCAACUGAAGUCCCCAAAGAGGAAUAAACCUUAGCAAAUUCCUGAGUUGUGAUUCUUUUAUUACUUCUCUUUGCAAGGCUAAUUAUCAGGUGGUUUGAUUAAAGGUAGAUGGUUUAGCAAGUAUAAAGUUUGCCUCAUCCAAAAUCUGCAGAAAUUCAAACUCAUUUUCAUUUACUUUCAGUCAGUAAUAGACCUGACUUCUAAUUUAAAAAAAAAAAAAAAAAGACAACAGUUUAGCUUUGCCAACAGAAGAGUAAAGGAGAUCAUGACUUAUAAAUUUGCAGUAUGUUUCUCCUUGGUGGAGCCAUUAACCAGUGUUUAGUUUUAGGCCAAUUUAUGUGAUUAGAGCAUUGACUUGUACGCAUUCUGGAGACUUGCUAUAUCAUGGUUUGCGACAACAUGGGCUCAGCUUAGUGUGGGGACAAAUGGAACUUCAUUCAAAGUUGAGUGGUUACUGGAAUCCUUGACAUUGUCUUGUGAGGAGAUGCUUCCAUGAAAAGACACCUAGGGAUGGUAUAACAGUGAAGUCUCUGUGAGCAUAUACAUAAUUUAUAUGCAGGAUAAAUGUGUGCACCAAACCGAAAAUUUUAUGUGACUGUCAAAUGAAUAUUAUUUGGGUUAAGAUUUUUCAUUUCUGAUUUGGAUAGAAAAUUGCUAUUAAUCUUGUAUUAAAAUAGUUUUUAAAAAUC